AGAUAGAUUCAGGGAGACAGUGAGCUGUAGGUUGAGAUGAAGUCGGUGGAUUCUCAUACUAUAUGACAGGCUUCACUGCUCAUUUGUGGAGUGGCACUGGACGCCUAGCUUUGUGUUUUUGUUUAUUUGCCUGUUUUGCCGGUGUUUAUGUUGGGAUCUUUUGACGUGCAGCCACAGGUUGACCGAUUUAAUCCAGUCAACAUGGAUUACACCUCUUCAUAUCGGGUCGAUUGACACUGAGCCGAUCGAAAUGGGCACCGUCGAGAGAUCAGUGAUGAGCGACAGGGAAACAAACUGAGCAUAUCAAGUGAGCGGACACGGAGGUAAACAUCUGUGGGGAAAGCGGCGCACAAUUUCGAGAGACAAGCGGAGACCUGUGGAGGGACCUGCAUGAAAGAAGGAGAAGCGAAAAGAUAAUGGGAUGGCCUUGACAACAUGAAAAAGAAGAAGUGUGGUGGUCUUUUUUUCAUCCAGCCAGUGAUUCAACACAACUAACCUGGGGGACAGGGACUGAACGAGAAGAGGUAGGAGAAAGGUGCCUGGCCACAGCCGUGACCAUGGAACCUCCCCCCUCUCUGAGCCUGGCUCUGCUAGGAGGGAGCGAGGACGAGGACCAGCGCUUCCUCCUACCCCUGGGCAGUAUAACCCAUCCCUCUACCACUGGCAACCAGCCAGGAUCAAACCACUCCAACCACAUGGGAGGAUCAAGCCUAGAUCGUCUAAAUGGCAGCACCCCGUCCCCGUCCCCUGCCACGCCCAGCUUACCUCCAGCAUCGCUACCCAAGUUGCCCCUGUCAUCCUCCACAACCCAGCCUCUGCCCCCAUCCAUCCCCAACGCCCUUCACCCCACGAGCACUCCCCUCUCCUCCUGCCUGGGCUCACAGCACAGCCUGAGCGGGGACAAUUCACCGGUCUACAACGCCCUCUUUUACUCCUCCCAUUCGCCCUCCAUGGAGCGGGAAAGGGACAGAGAGCGGGACAGGGACAGGGAGCGAGAGAGGGGGUGCAAACACAGACAGGCCAGCCCUCUGGUCCAUCGCAGGGACAGUAACCCCUUCACAGAAAUCGCCAUGAGCUCCUGUAAGUAUACAGGCGGGGUCAUGAAGCCCCUGAGCCGCCUCAGCGCCUCCCGCAGAAACCUCAUUGAAUCGGACAGCAGCAGCGAAACCAAAGAGGCUGGCGUUUCAUCUGUUGCCGGGGCAACUGCUACUGGUGGUCAUGAUCGACAGCGGGAAGCCCCUCCUACCUCCUUGUCGGCCUCCUCUACCAAUCAACCCCCAAUCCAGAGCCCUCCAGAGAUUGUGAUAUCAUCCAAAGAAGACUCGCCGUACCCCAGAGUAGGGUAUGACAUCACAGACUCCACCUCUGAUCAGAUGUCCAUCUACCACCAGAACCAUGCGCUAGUGGAGAGCAGGCGGGCGCAGACGGGGAGGGGCAGCAGGCAAGGAGGGGUCGGGGCAGUAGGGACCGGGGCCAGAGGCAGCACCUCCAAGGCCUCCAAACGUAAGAACCAAAACAUUGGCUAUAAACUGGGGCAUCGCAGGGCACUGUUCGAGAAGAGGAAGAGGCUGAGUGACUACGCCCUCAUCUUUGGGAUGUUUGGAAUCGUCGUCAUGGUGAUUGAGACUGAGCUGUCUUGGGGCGUGUACACAAAGAGCUCCAUGUAUUCUCUGGCCCUGAAGUGUCUGAUCAGCCUCUCCACUGUCAUUCUGUUGGGUCUCAUCAUAGCCUACCAUGCGCGGGAAGUUCAGCUGUUCGUCAUCGACAACGGAGCAGACGACUGGCGCAUCGCCAUGACCAUGGAGAGGGUUCUGCUCAUUGCUCUGGAGCUGCUGGUGUCUGCGGUGCAUCCAGUACCCGGGGACUUUAAGUUUCAGUGGCGGGCGCGGCUUGCCUUCUCGUAUGCACCGUCGCAGGCCGAGGCAGACCUGGACAUGGUGCUGAGCGUGCCAAUGUUCCUGCGCCUCUACCUCAUUGCUAGAGUCAUGCUUCUACACAGCAAGCUGUUCACUGACGCCUCCUCCAGGAGUAUAGGCGCCCUAAAUAAGGUACAUUUUAACACACGAUUUGUAAUGAAAACCCUCAUGACUAUCUGCCCCGGGACGGUGCUGCUGGUCUUCAGCAUCUCUCUGUGGAUAAUCGCUGCCUGGACCGUAAGAGUGUGCGAGAGGUACCACGACGCUCAGGAUGUGACCAGUAACUUCCUGGGAGCCAUGUGGCUUAUCUCCAUCACGUUCUUGUCCAUCGGCUAUGGAGACAUGGUCCCUCACACCUACUGUGGCAAAGGAGUCUGUCUGCUCACAGGAAUCAUGGGUGCUGGUUGUACAGCUCUGGUGGUUGCCGUGGUAGCCAGGAAGCUGGAGCUGACCAAGGCCGAGAAACACGUACACAACUUCAUGAUGGACACGCAGCUCACAAAGCGGAUAAAGAAUGCAGCGGCUAAUGUGCUAAGGGAAACCUGGCUCAUCUACAAGCACACCAAGCUGAUGAAGAAGAUCGACCACUCCAGGGUCCGCAAGCACCAGCGGAAGUUCCUCCAGGCGAUACAUCAAUUACGCAGUGUGAAAAUGGAGCAGAGAAAACUCAGUGACCAGGCCAACACACUAGUGGACCUCUCAAAGAUGCAGAGUGUCAUGUACGAGCUCAUGUCGGAGCUCAAUGACCGCAGCGAGGACUUGGAGCGCCAGAUGUUGUCCCUGGAGCAGCGAGUUGAACAGCUCACCGCCGGCUUCAACACCCUUCCCGCCCACCUCUCGGCCACCCUCAGCGCACAGCAUGCCGCCCUGGUCCACCUGCUCCGAGAGAGGGAUUCAAGGGACGGUAGAGGAGGUGGUGGUGGUGGUGGUGGUGUAGGAGGAGGAGGUGCUAUGGUUCCUCUGUCCCCUGCUGCUUCUUUAACAAGUCCUCCAGCUCCAGUUUCUCCCGUCCAAGUCACAUCUCCCGUAACUCCCUCAUCCCAGGUCACUACUUUGGCCUUGGAGUCCCCUCUGUCACCUCCCCCUGGGAGCCCAGAGGGGAGCCUUGAGGCGAGUCCCAACCUCAACACCACCUGCACUUCUAGCUGCUGAAGACAGCUCUGAGGACCAGGAGAGGAAGAAAACAAGGUCGGAGAGGAGGAGGCCAGGCUAGUCCUCUUUCUUCAGACUAAAGGAGUGGGAAAAAGGAGGGAGCAGUAGGAGGAGAGAAUCGAGAGGUGAUCCUCUAAAGCUGGAGUGACGAAAACAGGACUAUGAGGAGGACUAAUAGGAUUAAGAUGGAGGGCCUGUGUGAGUGAUGAGACGCGUUAGGGACUUUUGGGCGCUUUCCUUAAUGAGGGAAGAUGAUAAAAUGGAGACUCUUAAAGGUGUGAGGGAGAGGAAGGACGUCAAGAGGGUGAGAAAUGGAGGAAGAGAGGACAGGGAGGGGGGAGAACUAACUAGGAAUAAUUAUAUGAACUCAGAGCUCCAAUUACUGAAAAGGCCUUUUAUUCCCCCGCCCCCUCUUUCUCUCUCUCUCUCUCUAUCUCUCUCUCUAUCUUUCCUUCCCCCCUCUAAAUCUCUCUCUCCCUUCAUCAGGAAUUAAUGACCAUAACUUUUUAUCCUUAUGAUGUAUUUUCUAUCUGAAUGCUAAUUGUGUGUUAACGAGCAUCCCUUUAACAGAAGGUCCAAUCAAUACGACCAUUAUAUAUAUUUAAAAAAAAAAAAAACUAGUGGCAUGCAUCGCACACACACAUACACACACCCACACACUCACAACUUACAUUAUCCACGCAAUACAAGGGAACACAGCACAAACAUGAAUACACAAUCUAUCACAAUGCAGAAGAAUGAAUGCAGAAGCCCACAAGAUAAUACUUAAGCCUAUACUGCCAAGCACUCAAUGCACUGUCAAUCACCACACAGCACUGCCAAAUAGUGUGGACGCACUGUAAAAAAAAAGUUCAUCCAAACAACUAAUCCUUCGUAGCUGCGAGCUGCUGCAGUAGUUUAGACCUACAGUGCAUAGUUGUGACACUUUAACUACUCAGUCGGGAGAAUAGUGAAUGUCAGUGAGCUGCACAAAUUACAGAUCAAGUUGAAAUAAGUUGGUAUGACACUGAGGGACAUGAGUCACAGCAACGUCUGUUUGUGGUGAGGAGGAAAGUAGCAGAUGACAAAAUAAACAAACACAACUACAGCAGGGCUUUAUUCCUACAAUGGUUGAGGUAAAGAUACAGCUACACUGAUGCGUAAGUGUAGUAAUGAGUUUCCGUAAAAAAAAAAAAAGAUUUUCCUUGAUUUCUUUGAAAGUUUCUCAUGAAACCUCAAAUUUAACAUUUUAGUUUUAAGUGCAUUUAUACAGGGAUGG